AUAAAGAGAAGAUAAUGAGAUCCACCAGGCUGUGGGCGGAGCGAGGCUGCGAACGUGACGUCAUUUGCGAAUGCCCGAAACGUUGUUGACUCGACCAGCUGUUUCACUAAAUACGUCUUCCUGGAUAACUACUAAACGUACUGAAGUCUCGAAAUAGGACGUCACAUCACUACUUUACUGGAUAAAACAUCAUCAUCAACAACAUCGUACACUCGUCUCGGUGGCGCACGUUGAAGCUUCUAAGAGAUAGCUUAGCUUAGCUCGCUAGCUGCUAAAAAAGCAACGUGGAAGUGAUCAACGCGUCGCCGAGCAGAGAUCAAGUGCGAGUGUAAAGUGUUGUCAUUAUCGUGUGAAAAUGUGUAAAGUAGACAUCCUGAGAGAGUUGCUGAAUCAGCGACUAAGUGCGGCCGUGGAAGAAAUAUUCGUCGUGUUUAAAGGAACGAUAGCAGAGUACGAGGAGGAACUUUCUCGAACAAAACAGGAGAACGAGCGACAACGUCAACUACUGGACGCUGUUUUCAAGAAGCCCCAAGAGCAAUUCCAAGGAGCAGAUGUCAGUAAAGAUCUUCACCAAGCGCAGCAGGAGCCAGCGCUCUCCCACAUUAAAGAGGAAGAGGAGCCAGAGUACACCCAUGUUAAAGAGGAAGAAGAGGAUCAUAUCACCAAUUUGCAGUUUACCAUUGUUCCUGUAAAGAGUGAAGAGGAUGGGGACAAAGGGUUAAGGGAGAAGAACAGAAAGGCUGAACUUCCGAUCAGCACUUCCAGUCAAUACAUGCCAACAGAAGAUGAUGGAGACCACUGCAGAGGAUCCCAAACAGGCAGCCUCUUAGCUGUACUAUCAGAUAGGGAGGACACAGUGUCAAACUCUCCUGACACUGAUGAUGAACACUCUAAAGUCCAUGUGAACAUCAGCGCUGGCCUGUAUUUGGAUCCACACAGGAGGACAAUUUUUCCUGGCCCGUAUGUUCGAGAGAAUACUCAGCAGCUACGAACUACAACCCCAAUUCCAAUGAAGUUGGGACGUGUUAAACAAAUAAAAACAGAAUACAAUGAUUUGCAAAUCAUGUUCAACCUAUAUUUAAUUGAAUACACUACAAAGACAAGUUAUUUAAUGUUCAAACUGAUCAACUUUAUUGUUUUUAGCAAAUAAUCAUUAACUUUAAAUUUUAUGGCUGCAACACGUUCCAAAAAAGCUGGGACAGGUGGAAAAAAAGGCUGAGAAAGUUGAGGAAUUCUCAGCAAACCCCUGUUUGGAACAUCCCACAGGUGAACAGGCUAAUUGGGAACAGGUGCGUGCCAUGAUUGUGUAUAAAAGGAGCUUCCCUGAAUUGCUCAGUCAUUCACAAGCAAAGAUAAGGCGGAGUUCACCUCUUUGUGAACAAGUGUGUGAGAAAAUAGUCGAACAGUUUAAGGACAAUGUUCCUCAAUGUACAAUUGCAAGGAAUUUAGGGAUUUCAUCAUCUACGGUCCAUAAUAUCAUCAAAAGGUUCAGAGAAUCUGGAGAAAUCACUGCAUGUAAGCGGCAAGGCCGAAAACCAACAUUGAAUGCCCGUGACCUUCGAUCCCUCAGGCGGCACUGCAUCAAAAACCGACAUCAAUGUGUAAAUGAUAUCACCACAUGGGCUAGGGAACACUUCAGAAAACCAAUGUCAGUAAAUACAGUGCUACAUCCGUUAAGUGCAACUUGAAACUCGACUAUGCAAAGCAAAAGCGAUUUAUCAACAACACCCAGAAACGCUGCCGGCUUCUCUGGCCCCGAGCUCAUCAGAGAUGGACUGAUGCAAGGUGGAAAAGUGUUCUGUGGUCUGACAAGUCCACAUUUCAAAUUGUUUUUGGAAAUUAUGGACGUCUUGUCCUCUGGGCCAAAGAGGAAAAGAACCAUCCGGACUGUUAUGGACGUAAAGUUCAAAAGCCAGCAUCUGUGAUGGUAUGGGGCUGUGUUAGUGCCAAUGGCAUGGGUAACUUGCACAUCUGUGAAGGCACCAUUAAAGCUGAAAGGUACAUACAGGUUUUGGAGAAACAUAUGCUGCCAUCCAAGCAACGUCUUUUUCAUGGACGCCCCUACUUAUUUCAGUAAGACAAUGCCAAACCACAUUCUGCACGUGUUACAACAGCGUGGCUUUGUAGUAAAAGAGUGCGGGUACUAGACUGGCCUGCCUGCAGUCCAGACCUGUCUCCCAUUGAAACUGUUUGCCGCAUUAUGAUGCGUAAAAUACAGCAACGGAGACCCCGGACUGUUGAACAGCUGAAGCUUUACAUCAAGCAAGAAUGGGAAAGAAUUCCACCUACAAAGCUUCAACAAUUACUGUCCUCAGUUCCCAAACGUUUAUUGAAUGUUCUUAAAAGAAAAGGUGAUGUAACACAGUGGUAAACAUGACCCUGUCCCAGCUUUUUUUGAACGUGUUGCGGCCAUAAAAUUCUUAAUUAAUGAUUAUUUGCUAAAAACAAUAAGGUUUAUCAGUUUGAACAUUAAAUAUCUUGUCUUUGUACUGUAUUCAAUUAAAUAUAGGUUGAACAUGAUUUGCAAAUCAUUGUAUUCUGUUUUUAUGUAUGUUUAACACAACGUCCCAACUUCAUUGGAAUUGCGGUUGU